AUGGUUGAGAGAUUCAAUGCAACAUUCGUUCCGCAAUUAGCCAAACUUCAAGACCAAGAAUCAAACAAUUGGGACGAAUUCCUUCCUGCUGUUGUAUUUGCAUAUAACACCGGUCAACAUUUUACAACUGGAUAUUCGCCAUUCAAACUACAAUAUGGACAAGAUCCAAAGUUACCACCAGAUCAACCACCGAAGACUGUAUCCUGA